GGACGCUGUUCAUUUCUGCCUGUCAGCAGAGAAGCGGGAGGCCAGUGUGACCUUCCCAGCCCCGGCUUGAAUGGUCCUAUGGAAAAGUCCAGCGGGGAGCUCAGUGCUGAUUCAGUCCCAGGCGUCAGGGCAGUGCCCGGUGCCAGCCUCCUCGCCCCGGCUGAGCUCCAAGCAUGCUGAGCUUCUGCUACCGCAGAGAAGAGCGAGACUCCCUGCUGGUGGUCUCGGGGCGAAGUCUGCUCCUGCUGCACAGGGAGCUGCUUCCCGACGGGGACACCAGAAAGAAGAAAAAUGGCUCUGCACGCUCCGUCAGGACCUCACGGACCCGAGUGCCUACCUAUCAGUAUAGCAUGGAUUUCGAGAAGGUGGGGAAAUGCAUCAUCAUAAACAACAAGAACUUCGACAAAGUGACAGGCAUGGACGUCCGAAAUGGAACAGACAAGGACGCUGAAGCCCUCUUCAAGUGCUUCCGAAACCUGGGCUUUGAUGUUGUCGUCUACAAUGACUGCUCCUGUGAUAAGAUGAAAGAGCUGCUGAAGCGAGCUUCUGAGGAGGACCACAGCAAGUCGGCCUGCUUCGCCUGCAUCUUGUUAAGCCAUGGAGAGGAGAACUUGAUUUAUGGGAAAGAUGGUGUGACUCCAAUAAAGGAUCUGACUGCUCAUUUUAGGGGAGAUCGAUGUAAAACCCUGUUAGAGAAACCCAAGCUCUUCUUUAUUCAGGCUUGCCGAGGGACAGAGCUUGAUGACGGCAUCCAGGCUGACUCGGGGCCUAUCAACGACACGGAUGCUAAUCCCCGAUAUAAGAUCCCAGUGGAAGCUGACUUUCUCUUCGCUUAUUCCACAGUUCCAGGCUAUUACUCAUGGAGGAACCCGGGCAAAGGCUCCUGGUUCGUGCAGGCCCUCUGCUCCAUCCUGGACGAGCAUGGCAAAGACCUGGAGAUCAUGCAGAUCCUCACCAGAGUGAACGACAGGGUGGCCCGGCACUUUGAGUCCCAGUCAGAAGACCCCCGCUUCCACGAGAAGAAGCAGAUCCCCUGCGUGGUCUCCAUGCUCACCAAAGAACUCUACUUCAGCCCAUGACAUGAGCACACUCCUUCAUCGAUGAGCCACAUCUACCAUUUGUAUUGUUUUGAUGCUCUUGAAAUAUUCAGAAAUGUUGAGAUUUCAAUUUCAGGAAAAUAUAUUGAUUCAGCAGGGAAGAAAUUUUCUAGUGAUGUCUGAUGUUCUCUGGGUUUCUGGACUUUUUUUUUUUUUCUAAUGAUGUUCAUUGGAUGACUUUGUCAUUUCUUCUUAAGAUCAAUUUCCCAUUUUCCUGUUUCUUUCAUCUUGCCAUCACAUUAAGUGUGUGCUACAGAAAUGAAAUGACCUGUAAAGAAGACGGUCAUCGGUAGAGAGUCAGGGUCAUAUUUGUACUUGGUAAAAAGAAUCACAGUUCUUAACAACAGCAAAAACACAGAGAUGUCCAUUGGCCUGUAUUGCAAGAAGUGGUUAGUGUGUUGUAUGAGUGAUUUUUUUUCCCCCAUUGGCUUAGGACAGGUAGAAAGAGAGAAAAUGUCAUACUCUAAUUUGUAUAUGUCGGGACCAGUCCAGAAAACAGAAGCCAUUAUAGGUGUUUCAGUAGAGGGAAUUUAGCACAGGGAAUUUACUUUACAUAGGUGAUGAGACAGAGAGAGAGAGAGAGAGAGAGAGAGAGAGAGAGGGAGAGACAGACUGCGAGAGCACCAAGCCUGGUAUGGUAGUACAGACCUUUAAUUCCAACGCUUAGGAGGCAGAGGUAGGAGGAUCACUGUGAGUUUGAGGCCAGCCAGAGAUUACUACUACUGAAACUACCUGGAAUAGUGAUUCCAGGUCAGCCUGGGCCAGAGAUAGACCCUACCUCAAGAAAAGAGAAAGAGAACGAGAGAGCGCCAAGUAACGAGACUGUUAGAAUAUGGGAUGAGGUGGUUUUUCUGAGUCCAGAAUUAGUAUCUACCACAGAAAUUGGAGCCAGGUUUGCCUUCUGGGAGCUAGGAACGUGAGGCAGGGAUGGAAGUCGAGCCCGUAAUGUGAAUUUAAGCAAUUAUAUUCCCUGAUGUUCGACAGUUCAUCCAUGAAGUCAUUUAUUCAUUGAUUUGUCAGAUACAAAGGUGCAAAAUAAUCUGUUUUGUCUUUCAGAUACAUCAGGAAUUUUUUUCACACGUUCCAAACCUUUCUCCGAGUAACGUUUUUUGUUACCGCUAAUUCUACAUGUGAACAAGUGUAUAACAAGGAUUUUAUGCCACUUUGUUUUUUUUUUUAGGUAUUAUCUAUUUUGAAUUGUUUAUACAUUCCCAUUUUUCUCUGCCUGAUAAGUGGUUAA